AUGCAAUCCACAGUGGUCACGGUGUCAGACAUGGAUCUUAAAACCAGCCCUACCAGCACCAACCAUGAGACCCAGGACACUGAAGCAACGACCCCACUGAACCAUGUCCCUGACGGGGUCACCCUGGGCACUAAUGUCCCCUGCUGGUACUACUUCACCAGGCCCAUCCUGGCCAUCCUUAUCGGCGGAGUGCUGUUCGGCUUGGGCACGGCCCUCUCCCUGCUCUACUUCACCCAGGUGGGGAACGUGCCCUACCUGCUGGGUCCUGUGUUCCUUUCUGCGGGGCUCAUGUUCCUGGUCACGGGGCUGGUGUGGGUGCCUGUGGUGAAACAGAGACUAGAGCACAAGGCUCCGACCAAGGUCAAUGGCAAGGCGCUUCAGGUGGACGAACAGCACCGAAGAGCCAUGGACUCUUCAAGCUAA